UUUUCAGUGUGGACUGUAGUGAAGAUUUUUGGAGGCUGAUAUCGUGGGACGUACGUUAUUUUUUGGAGGAGAACAGACGGAGAGGCCACGUUUGGAAGUUCCCCUAACGCAUCGUCGGAUUUUACUACAGGUUGACGGGUCACAAUGACAACAGAAGUAGGCUCUGAGACCGAGGUGAAGGAGAAAGCGGAAGAGUCAGCUGCUCAGUCGGACCAGUCGGAGAAGACCACAGAAGAGAACCAGGAAGUUGCCAACGCUGAGGGAGAGGAGAAAGAUAAAGAGAAGGAAAAGGAGAAAGACGGCAAAGGAAUCUCUCGAUAUCUGCCAACAUGGCUUAAGAAGCAGAAGUCUCAAAGCCAGACCUCGCCGACCAAGGAGGUCCCAUCCACAGAGGAGGCAUUAAGCAAGGUGACAAAGGACGAGGAGGUGCCUGCCCCAGAAGUGAACGGUCACGCAGAGGAAGUGGAAGAGAAGGAGGAGGUCAAGUCGGAGCAAGUGAAGGAAAAAGAAGUAGAAUCUCAUUCCAACGCUAGUGCUGACACUGAGGUACUGUCCUUAUUAUCUCCUCCCUGCAAGGAAGAGAAGGUGGAAGAGAGCACUGAGAAAAGUCUCGAAGGGACCAAGUCAACAGCUGUGGGUGAAGGAGCAGAGGAGGAGAAGGAGCAGGGAGGAGAGGCUGCGGAGGAAGCAGAGGGAGAAGGCCAAACCUCCAUUUUCCAGUCUCCCCUCCGUUUGGUGAGGAAGACCAAGAUGAAGCUGGUGGUGUGUCACGUGACCCUCCUGGACGGGACAGAUUUCACCUGUGAGGUGGAGAAACGUGCAAAGGGCCAGUACUUAUUCUUUAAGAUAUGUGAGCAUCUUAAUCUAAUGGAAAAAGACUACUUUGGUCUAUCAUACAUUGACAACCAUGAACAGAAGUGUUGGUUGGAUCCCACUAAGGAAAUCAAAAGACAGAUACGCAGUAACAACUGGCAGUUUGCAUUCAACGUGAAGUUCUACCCUCCUGACCCCUCACUGCUCACUGAAGACAUAACUAGGUAUCUGUUGUGUCUUCAGCUCCGCGAAGAUGUGGCAUCCGGCCGUCUGCCUUGCUCAUUUGUCACUCACGCUCUGCUGGGGUCAUACACAUUGCAGGCAGAAUUUGGUGACUAUGAACCUGACCAGCCCCGGCCUCUGGACUACAUCAGUCAGGUGACCUUUGCGCCCAAUCAGAACAAAGAGAUGGAAGAGAAGAUUCUCGAACUCCACAAGUCUCACAGGGGAUUGACACCAGCACAGGCUGAUACCCAGUUUCUAGAAAAUGCCAAGAAAUUGUCCAUGUAUGGGGUUGACCUGCACCAUGCUAAGGAUUCUGAAGGUGUGGACAUCAUGCUCGGUGUGUGUGCCAACGGCCUCUUGGUCUACAAAGACAGACUUCGGAUAAACCGUUUUGCUUGGCCUAAAAUACUCAAGAUUUCGUACAAGAGGAACAACUUCUACAUUAAGAUCAGACCAGGAGAGACGGAGCAGUUUGAGAGCUCUGUGGGAUUCAAACUCCAGAAUCAUCGAUCUGCCAAAAGGCUGUGGAAAGUCUGUGUGGAGAAUCACAGUUUCUUCAGGUUAAAUGCACCAGAACCUCCUACCAAGGCCCGCUUUUUGACUUUGGGCUCUAAGUUCCGUUAUAGCGGACGAACCCAGGCCCAGACCCGCCUGGCCAGCACCCUCAUAGACCGACCUGCACCCGCUUUUGAACGCACCUCAUCAAAACGCAUCAGCCGCAGUCUAGAUGGAGCACCGAUGAUCAGCAUAACAGAGGCCGGCAGGGACACAGCUGAGAACGGACGUGAUCCCCACCUGGAGCUCCACUCUGACUCUAAGGUUAAGGAGGUGGACUUAAGCCCUGGCGAUGCGGAAACCACGGCCACUCAACAACAGUCCCUUGGAGCCAGUGAGGCUACCCUCUCUCAGGACCAUGAUAAGACCCAAGAAGACGUUCUGAAACACCAAGCUAGCAUUAGCGAGCUAAAACGCUCCUUUAUGGAGGCGCCACCUCCCUCUCCUCCUCAGCCCAACCAGUGGGAGAAACGUCUCACCUCCUCUCCCGCUACAACGAUACGUGUUCAACAGCAACAAGUGGCGAGUGCGCCCGAAACGGAAGCAGCUGCUGCCGAUAACACGAACACUGACACCAAAGAACCUGGAAAGACAACCGAAGUCGAAAUCGAAGAAACCGUUGUCGUCCAAGAGGUUUCCAAAGCAACCAAACCCAGACUUGUCACAGUCACUCCCAGCUCCCCUGCUGAGCCGUCUGCGGAGCAGGAAACAAGAAAGCAGGAAGUGAAAGUCGUAGAGGAAGCAGUUGUGGAGGAAGAAGCAAAGGCGAGGAAGCAGGAGAGUGUUUCCUCUGAAAGUGAAAGCGAGGAAGAAGCAGAGUAUCACCCAAAUGUCUCUGUAUCCAUCUCUCACACACAAAUACCAGAGGAGAAGGAAGAGGAAGAGGAACAAGAGAAGAGAGAGGAGAAUAAGACGGCCGAGCAGGACAUGCCGGCUCCAGUUUCUUCUUCUUCUUCUUCUGUUCCCGCUGAAGUCAGCCAGCCUGCAGAAGUUGCCUGUCAAGAGGGAGAGGAGUCCAGGACAGAGGAAGCUGAACCAGAGAAGACGAAGAACAUUCCAGUGGAGGUGAAGGAAGGUGAUGUGACCGAGGAGAGCACAGACGAUCCAAUGGUGACACCCGAUGAAGCUCCCAACGGACUCACCGUGCCUGAGGAGGGCGUGGACGUGCCGGAUGCACCUGCAGAGGAAGAGGAGGAGCCUAAAGUGAAUGGAGAAGCCUCACUGGUUGAAGCAGAACCGCGUCCACAGGUUAUUUGUUGCUCUGAGCCACCUGUGGUAAAGACAGAAAUGGUGACUAUAUCAGACACGUUUGCAGCCCAGAAAACUGAGAUAGCUACAAAAGAAGUGCCCAUCGUACAUACGGAAACCAAGACCAUCACAUACGAAGCUGCACAGUUGGAUGGGAAUGGCGAUGGUGAACCUGGAGUGUUGAUGACUGCUCAGACAAUCACCUCUGAAUCCCUGUGUACUACAACAACCACACACAUUACCAAGACAUUAAAGGGUGGCCUAUCAGAGACGAGGAUUGAGAAACGCAUCGUCAUUACAGGUGACUGUGACAUCGACCACGACCAGGCACUGGCCCAGGCCAUAAAGGAAGCCAAAGAGCAACAUCCUGACAUGUCUGUUACCAGAGUGGUGGUUCAUAAAGAAACUGAACUGGCUGAGGAGGAGGAUUGACAGAACUCAGAGUUGAAAGGGCCACCGUGACUGUUUUCUCCGUUGAUGUUAAACGACCUUCAUCACCCCACAACAACCAACCUUGACUGACUGAAGAAGAAGAGGAGGAGCUAGAGAACAGGAGGAUGAGAGGGGGGGAGGGGGGAGGAGGUUAGACAAACGGAGAGAAGCUGCCAAUCUCUUCCAAGUCGGUCUUUCUUACAUGUCUGUGGUGCAUCUAAAUCCCUCACUCCAAAACUAAGUAAAAAAAAAAGAAAAAUAAUAACCUCACUCUUUCUGAGGGAAUGAAAGAACCACUUUGUUAGCUAAACAUUUGUAGCGUGUUUUUAUUUUUUAAUAGUUCUUUUUUUUCUUUAACUGUUUGUUUUAUAAAGAGAGAAAAGAUAAUGUGUCUGUCAUGUUUUGCAAAGAUAAAACCUGUAGGGAUGCACUGCUAACCAAUCCUGAUAAGAAAUUAGGUUUUUGCCUUUUUUUCAGACAUUAAAGAAGCUUUCAAUUUCUUCAAAUUUCUCAAAAACAAAUUAAAUUCACUAGGAUGUUUUUUGGAAUCUGUAUCAGCGGAAAAGUGGCAUUAGUGCAUUCCUAAAUUUAAAAAAACAACACAAAAAAAACCAAGUUAUUUGUUAAAUUACAGCUCCCUCUUACUUCAUUUAUUUCAUGUCUACAGUAACAAAAAGAACUACAGUUCACAUUGUUUUUUGGCUUUGAACAUAGACUCAUUUUAAGUAUUUGUUUUUCAAAGUGUAACAGAAUCCAACAGUCUCACUUAUUAAAACACACUCAUAGUCAGACUAACAGUAAAACCAGUUAAAACACAUUGUCACACCAUUUUUUUUACUAAUUACAGAAGACGGUGUAAUUACAGAAAAUAGGGAGCUGUAACUUAAAUAUUGCAGUAAAAACCAACCAACCACGUUUUUUUUAUUUUUAUGAUUCUGUCUUUUAUUUUUCUGUAAGUAUAGUUAUUAUUCAUCCACAUUCCUCGUGUGUUGACUCAUCUUUGAGUCAGUUUGUUUUCAGUUCAAUUCACUUUUAACUUCACUCUAAGAAAAGAAGUUGUUUUACCAUUGAAGGCGGGAAUGAGAGGAAUCUUAAUUUGGUCUGAGAGUUUAACGUAUUAUGCAUGAGAAGUAGAAUUCAUUGUGAGAUGGCGAGGUUUUAAAUUUUAUUUUUACUGAAUGGAAAUGAAUUUAAACUGAAAAUGAACUGACUUUAAAGCUGGCAUAUACAACUUUCUGUGCAGUUAAAAAAAACAAAACGAAAGUUAUUAGAUGGGAGCAGCUUUUCGUUAGCUAUGCGCUGUCCCUCGGCCCACCCACUGCAUGACACUAGCCAUUCCUAUUGGGCCGCAGGGAAGCCAUUUUUGAUUGGGAGAGAGGACCAGUAAACUGAAUGAUUAUUGGGAGAUAGAGGUUGCGCUGUGCAACACCAAGUUAAGUUUUAGAUGAGAGUGGGAAAAGGAUUUGAACGUUGAUGCAGGUCAGGCUUUUUUAUGGCAAGGGCAAGCUUCAGUCAUGUGACUUGGCAUCCUGCAGUUAAUUGAAGCAGUUUUAAUAUUCUUUGACAAUGUUUAAACAUAAUCUGAGAGUGUUGUGCUACCAGCUCCACAGGUACCAAAACCACUAGAAAAACAAAAUAGUCUCACAUUCAGACUUGAUUUCUGGUUGGCUGUCACUGUCUACCAGUGCCAUAGUUCAGCACUUAAUUUAGCUCCUAACUUAAUUUCAUGUGAGACCAGAUAAUAACAACCAAACUCUAAGAAGGAGGAGAUCUGGCAUUACAUUCAGCAUAUUUUCACACACGUUUUUACCGUGCAAGAGUAUCUUGAGCAAGUCUGAAUAGAAGGCUACUGUGUUAAUUGGUUUGAGGGUGUGUAGAUAAAAGAUGAUUUGGACUCGUACAGCAUGUCUUGAUAAGAUUAUCUUCAACCUGAUGCUGGCUGUGUUUUAACUGUUUCACCACAACCAAAUAUUCUGCAGUAUCAAUGUUUUGUUGUAUCCUUCAUCAUUGCACCACAAAAAAAACCUCCACUCUAAAUCUUUCAGUAUGCUGUUAAGAGUACACACAGAAACAGUUACAACAUAACCGUAAACAUGCAGACCCAAAGGGAAGUGCUCUUGAAAUCCCUAAAUGGAAUCUCAUGAUGUUUUAUUCAUUUGUGUAAAUAAUCGUGGCAUGAAAUGCGUUUCAAACAAGGUCCGCUUGGUCUAAACGCAUUUAGUUGACAGAUUUUCAGUGUGAGCAGUGAAAAACAAACAAACAAACAAAAACACAGUUUCAAUCCAACUGAUAAUCAAAAAGCAAAGUGCCACAGAUAAAUGUAAAAAAAAAAAAAACCACAUUCCACUUUGACGUGCCUAGAUUCAUCCACAUCCUGUCUGACUGGACAUGAUUUGAAUUGGAGUCAACAGAAUAAUUAAUGUUUUUACACACUUUUUUCACAUUUGAAAUUCCAUAAAAGCAAAUCAAUUGAAGAGUUUUAGCCAGAUAUGUGAUUUUAUUUGUAACAGCAGGUGAACAUUAUUAUGUACCUCUUAAUUUGACUCUUUUUUAAAAGUUGUUGUCAAUGUUGACAAUGGAGUGGUAAUGACGGUCUAGGCCGUCUUUUGGGAAACACUGGUCUGACCUCUACUAUGCAGUUAAAUGACAUUCCAGAUGAGGGUGGAGUAUUAACCUCUAACCCUCUUUCAAAGAGACAGUAGCAGAAAACAAUAAUAAAAAAAAAAAAACACUAGGCAGCUUUGGAGGCUUUCGCUGUCCCAAAAAAAAAAAAAAAGAGUCUUUUAAAAAGCAUCGGCUCUAUCACAACUGUAUUUGUAGCUUGCAUUUCUCAUCAUUUGUCGUAUUUUCUCUGUGAAACUGAUCUAGUUGUUGAAAGACAGGAUUUAUUGUGCUCCUUCUUGGAAAUUUUCUAAUAUUGUCAGUGUUUUUUGACGUUAAAUGAACACCACUACAAAUCAAAUUUUCUGCCACUAUUUUCCUUUUUGUACUUCUGUGCUCGAGGCGUAACCUGUUUAAGGUUGGCCUGGGCUCUGUUUUAACCAAUCACAGGAGCUGUGGGGCUGCGAGGUAAGGUUUUCCAAAAAUGGUAUUACAAAUGAAUGUGUGGCCACAGCAACUUUUAUUAAGAUGAAAAAACAGCACAGACAGAGUUGGGCUGUUGAAAAUGUUCAUUUUUUUUUAAAGGCAGCUCCAUGAAGUCACUACAUGGAUACUGAUGAUGAAUCUACGCCAGCUGAUUUUAAAUGUCAGGGAUUUCAACAUGGUACCCAACAGCAUGCUGCCCUCAGAUAUACAACUAAUUCACAGUGUACUACGUUCUUUACAGUUAUAUCUCAGGCGGCUUUGUACUGCAGUUUGGCCAAAUGGUACAGUUUAAAGUGAAUUAAAACCAGCACCAUUUUCUAUUUUAACAAAGUAAAAACUCACUGGCAAAAAAAAAAAAAAAAA